CAACGAACUUGCUAUGUACCAGGGUGUGCCAUGCGAUUACGAUGACGACGAUGUCGAUUUUGACGUGCUCGGAUGGUGGAAGCGGAACGAACACAUGUUCCCAUGUCUCGGCAUGCUAGCAAGACAAGUGUUGUCCGUCCCAGUAUCAACCGUAGCAGUUGAACGAGAAUUCAGUGCUGGCGGCAACAUUCUAACCGACUACCGAAGUUGUCUUAACGCUGAAUCUCUUGAAACAUUGGUUUGCAACCAAGAUUGGCUCUUGGCAAGACGUCGGGCUCAAGAGUCAUCGUACCAACUCGAAUCGGAGCAUUACAUGAAUGCAACCACAGAUGCAAGUCCGAGUUCUGAAGAAUAAGUUAUAAAUUUUUUUUAUGUAAUUAAUUUUUUUAGAUGAGCGAUAUAUAUGCUCCUUUGAGGGUUUCGAUUCUUUACCUCGUCGCUUUUUUUGAACUGUCAGGAUAUUAAAUGUGGUUGUUCUUCAGUUAGUGUAUUACUCAUUUUCAAUAUUUAAAUAACAACUACAUUUUUAG